GCUUCCUAUUGGCUGCUGCGUGACCCGCGAGCGGAGUCUGAAAACAGCGCCCAAAAGACUAUUAAUAGUUACUGAGGUUUGUUUACGGUCAGAUUGUCAGAAUUUAAAAUUAGAAAAAGAAUCGUUGCAAACUCAUAGGCCGAUGACGUCACUGUAUUUAGACUUAUUUCCCAGGUGAGUACGAAGCUUACGCACGAAGCCAGAAGCUCAUGCGGCUAGCUACAGUUAGCAGCGGCUCGAUUGUGUGAAAGUAGCCGUUGCCUCAUCUGAUGAUGAGCAUCCCAGUGAACCUUCAGGAUAUGCCCGCUGGUGUUUUCCAGGAAGUCUUCAGUCCCGAGAAUGUGAGAGGAAGGCAUGCAGGAACGUCCCUCACACCACUGAGCUUCCCAAAAUCCAGAUCAGCUCUGUGGGAUGGCAGCCCUGUGGGAGAAAAGCUCCACCUCCAGCUGUGCUCUCCCAGGAUGCCUCGCAUCCUCCUGCGUGAGAAAGCUCUUCGUUUGGCGCAGCGCCACGCCCGCCACUGCAACAAGUCACAUGUCCCGUGCUUCUUCCUGGGCUCCUUGUCUGUGGAUGCAGAUGAAGAGGGUGUCACUGUGACCCUUGACCGGUUUGAUCCAGGUCGAGACCAGGCUGCUGUGUCAGGUCGCGUUCCCGCUGCCCCGCUACCAGGAGACAUCCAGGUUCCUUGUUUGUUCUCCUUCCAGAAAACAUCUGAUGACCUCAUCCAGUCAGAGGCUGAGCUGUAUCGCUGCUUCUCUGUGCUGCAGCGCUACGUGAGCAGCCGACAGCCUCUCAGUCUGUCUCAGCUCAUAACGGUCAAAGGUCGCGUCAGCUGCCAGCAGCAGGCUGACGCCACAGUCUUCACUCUCAGCUGGUCAUCCAUCUGUCCAUCCAUCAGCUUGGACGUGCAUCCGGUCCGAGCCAUACCCAUCAUCCCUACGGCACUGGUCAGGAGUCUGACCAGUUUGGGCCGGGUGCCACCACCCCACAGUAGCCACCAGCAAGGGUUUCUGACCAUGGAUCAGACAAGGAAGCUGCUGUUGCUGCUGGAAUCUGACCCCAAAGCCUCCAAGCUGCCACUGGUCGGGCUCUGGCUGAGUGGUGUCACCCACGUGUACAAUCCUCAGGUGUGGGCCUGGUGUCUGAGGUUCCUCUUGAGCUCCGCCCUCCAGGACAGGGUUCUGUCAGAAAAUGGGUAUUUCCUGCUUGUCAUCUUUGGCUCCACCCACCGAGUCCCUCAGUUCUUUCAGUGCCGAGGUUCUGAUUCUGGUACUGGUUGUGGACAACCGCAUUGCCAGUUGCUCAGCGCCUCCCAAGACAUCACACUCUACCAGGUGGCACCGGCAGACGGUCAGACUUUACAAUUUGAGCUGAGUCCAGAACGCAACGUGAGACAGAUCCAAGUGUUUCGACACGCUCAGACCUCCUUCAGCAGCGGAGCUCCGCCCACUGCCGCGCUAUCCGUUAGUGACCAUGACUCAGGAGUAGAGGACGAAGAUGCCUCACCGCGACCUUCACCGAGUCCACACCUUCCUGCUCAACAGGUGAGUCCAAAGACUCGACAAGUUCAGCCGUCAGUUCCUGAACUUUCCCUGUUGAUUGACAGCAGUUUCACCUCCAAUCACAAUGUGUCUCAGGACACUGACUCUGCCCAGAACCCGCCCCCUCCCAAAGGAAAUGCCACCUCGACUUCUCCUCCCCCCCACCUCCAUAGCACCCCCAAUCCUAACCUCCCUCAGCCAUGCACCUGCUGCCCCCCACACACCUAUGACUGCACCCCGGUGCUCCCAUCUGUGAUUCAACCCCCCCUCCAAACUUCUGCGCUUCCCGUUGUUACUCCCCCCUCCAAACACCCUGCUGCUCCUCCUUUGCCUGACUCUGCCUCCCCCCAACCCUGUCCUGGGUCCUGUUCUGGCAUCCUUCCUGUUCCAGUGCCGAACAAUGAUGACUCCCCCUUCCCUCACCCUGCAUCCCCCACCUGGCUCGCCCGCCCCUGUGGUGUGAAUGGACCACAAGCAGGGGGGGCUCCAUGUGACGCUUACCAGCUUCUCCUCCAGAACGAUCAGCAGAUCCGCCUCCUGCAGGCUCAGGUCAAGAUGCUACUGGAGGCUCAGGUGAAGCUUCAGGGGGACGCACACACCCCCAAGACCAUGACCAGUAUCGCCGUGGCAACAGGUGCCAGUCUCUUCUGGGGAAAUCAGACCUCUCCUCGUCAGGACCCUCCCAAUUUUAUUAACAGACCACACACUCCUUCCUCCUCUUCCCCUUCUCCUGCCUCGCAUGACUGUUCCACAAUCAGGUCAGUGGGUGGAGCUGAGGACAGAGAUGUCACCAACAGAGAGGCUCCUUGCCCCCCUUCCAUCCAUCACAGUGUUGACGACCCGAAGGCACCAUUUGAGGCAGCGAGUGGCGGUGAGUCAGCUGACGGGCAACAGAGCUUCUACUGCAACCUGAUGACGCAGCUGACGAGUCGUCUUCAGGAGUCAGAUAGCAGACAGGAAGAGGAGGAUGAUGAUGAUGAUGAUGAUGAUGGCAUAAUCCAGCAAAGCGUGGCCAACAAAAGCACACUGGUGACAGAGGCGGUGUGCUGCGUGGAGGUCCACCUGCGUUGCCAGAGCCACACGCAGCUCAGCAGGCUGUCCAUGGCAAGCAACUCCUCCGUGCCGGUCCUCACCUCCUUCAGUCCCACCUCCUCACCUUCUUCUUCCCUAUUUCACAAGACAAGUGACCUGCUGUCGCCUAACAACAUGUCCAUGGCCACCAGGGAGUUCAUGGGGAGGUGUGGCCUGAUACAAGAUGAGGAUCAAGAGGACAUCAUGAAAGCGUUGCCACGCCAGCUACUGACUAAAAGCACCAACCCAAAGCUCACCCCUCAGAGUCAACUUAUCAGAGACCUGCGGCCCAAAAUGCAGCUGUUGGUCGACAGCAUCAACAAGGACAAGGAGAAUGUCCCUGCCUUGCCGCCAUCUUUAGUCCAAGCCAAUAGCCGGCAAAGGGAGGGGUCAGUGGGGAACAUUCUGGACCUGAGCCGACUCAGACAGCUGCCCAAACUCUUUUGACCCCGAUUCUUUCCCCGUGUCAGCUGGUCACAUGAUUUUAACGAGUAUUUAUGAUUGUACAAAUAAAGUUCAUUGAU